UAGAAAAUUAUAAAAUUAAGACAAAACCAAGCUAAAUCUUUUAGAAUUUUUUAAAUAAUGAUACCUUCUACAUAUAGAAAGUCAAGUUGUUAUAAAAAUAAAAUAUAUUUUACCUGUAUUUCUCCAACCUGUCUCAGGAGAGGUUACACAGUAAAUAACCUAUUUACUGAAACAGCAGCUUGCAACGAUAUUUGCAAAUAUUUGAGUGGAAGAAGAGGAAUAUCAUUAGGAAGAAAUGUAGAUAAUGUGACUUCUGUGAAUAUUCAUGAACAAGAAGAUGGAAGUGCUGUGGGGAUUUCUGGGAUCCUUGAAGAAGGUCCGGAGUCGAUAUCCUCGAUGAUCAAUCCUAUUCAAGAAGAUGCUGAUUUUGAAUCGAUGGGUAGAAAUGAAGAGAUUGUGACUUCUGUGAUUAAUCAUGAACAAGAAGAUGGAGGUGCUCUGGGGAUUUCUGGGAUCCUUGAAGAAGGUCCGGACAUGUUUUACCAUUUUUGGACGAAAGUUUUAUAGAUGAAGAAGUUGUAAUCGAUAUCUCCAUUGCAGCUGAUAGCUCUGUAACUUUACCAAUAUCAGUUAAUAACAUUCAAUUCUCAUAUUUAAAUGUAGAACAGCCAUAUAAUUUUAUUCUUUCCCAAAAAAAACGUAAUUUGUUAUAUUCAAAUAAAUUUCUGUAUGUUCAUCAUAAAUUUGGAAUUUUAUUUAAAUGUAGACUAAGUCAUUGUACGGCAAGAGGUACAUUAUUAAAUAUGCAGUUUACAUUGACACAUAUUCACAACCAUCCUUCUGAAUCUGAGGAAGAGCAUUAUGCAAUUUUAGUCACUAUGAAUAAACUUAAAGAACAUUCGAGCAAGCAAACGUAAAACAUAUAAUCAAGUUAUGCGUAUUAGAAAAAUGGAUCCCCUUGUUCAACUCCAUCUUAAUGCUCUACCAACAUUUCUAUGUGAAAACUAUUAUGAAUCGUGUUAUUAAAUCAUUGAGACCUCCUUUACCUCUUAUAAAUUCUGAUAUCCGAUUAUACGGCGAUUAUACGUUAACACUAGGUAAUAAAACAUUUUUAAUUUGUAAUGAAAAUAAUGAAUUAUUAAUAUUUUCUACACAUGGAUUACUUGAAUGCCUCUGUAAUGCUGACAAAAUUUUGAUGGACGGUACAUUUUUUUCGUGUCCGUUAUUAUUUAAGCAAUUUUACACUAUUCAUGUAAUGAUUAAUCAUACAAUAAUUCCUUGCGCUUAUAUAUUAUUGCUAAAUAAAAACAAAGAAACAUAUUUAAAAAUGUUGGAUCUUUUAAAAAACUAUUGCCUAUCUAUAGGUUUUUUAUUUUCUCCUCCUAAAGCACUUAUAGAUUUUGAAAUGGGAGCACUUAAGAGCUCUCGAAGAAAUGUUUCCAACCAUUUCUGUCAAGGGAUGCUACUUUCAUUAUUGCCAAUUUAUUUUAAGACGUAUACAGGGUAAUAGAUUGACAGCAUUUAGUCGGCUUAAUCCUGAUUUUAAGAGAUUUUAUCACAGACUCAUGGCGAUACCCUUUUUAACUGAAACGGACAUACCAUUGGUAUUGUCAGAAUUAAAUCUUGAAGUAGAGGCCUUUAAUUUAGAUCCCAUAAGAGAUCUCUUUACAUACUUUAAAAGUACUUGGACAAACCCAAGUGCUAAAUUUAAAUAUAAGAUGUGGAACAUGUAUGAUGUUCAAGGUGUAAGAACAAAUAACCAUGUUGAGGGAUUUCAUCGUUCUUUAAAAGAGUAUAUAACAUAUUCUCAUCCUAAUUUAUAUCUUUUUAUUGAUAUAUUAAAACAAAUACAACAAGAUAUGGACAUUAAAUUCAUUCAAUUGCAUAAUGGGAAAAAAGUUACUGAAAGAAAAAAAAAAUACUGUAUAAUAGACGAGAAACAUUUUUAUAUUAUGCUACUUAUACACCAAUGCAGUAUUUAGAUAAAAUAUCAAGAUAUUUAAUUUCAAAAAAAAAUAAUGAGAUACCUGCCGACUAAAUUGUUUUUAUAUUUAUACUCAGAAUAAUAAUACAUAUUCAUAUUUUUAAAGAAAUUAUUUUAUUUAAAUACUACAUUGGUGUAUAAGUUUCAUAAUAUAAAAAGUUUCUAUCAAUGAACAGAUAUAAAUUAGGAUGAGAAUAUGUUAUAUACUCUUUUUAAGAACGAUGAAAUCCCUCAACAUGGUUAUUUGUUCUUACACCUUGAACAUCAUACAUGUUCCACAUCUUAUAUUUAAAUUUAGCGCUUGGGUUAAUCCAAGUACUUUUAAAGUAUGUAAAGAGAUCUCUUAUGGGAUCUAAAUUAAAGGACUCUACUUCAAGAUUUAAUUCUGACAAAUUUCCCUGUAUACGUCUUAAAAUACAUUGACAAUAGUGAAAGUAGCACCCCUUGACAGAAAUGGUAAGAAACAUUUCUUCGAGAAUUGCCGUAUAAUCGGAUAUCAGAAUUUAUAAGAGGCAAAGGAGGUCUUAAUGUUUUAAUAACACGAUUCAUAAUAGUUUUCACAGAUAUAAAUGGUGGUAGAGCAUUAGGAUGCAGUUUAACAAGGGGAUCCAUUUUUCUAAUAUGCAUAACUUGAUUUUAUGUUUUACGUUUGCCUUGAACCGGGUUGCUCGAAUUUGUACUUUAAGUUAAUUCAUAAUUGCAUAAUGCUCUUUCUUUAGAUUUAUCAGAAUGGUGGUGAAUAUGUUUCAAUGUAAAUUUCAUUUUAUUACAAAUUCAAUUGUUUUUUAGAUAUUUUUAUUAUUAAUUGUAAAAAAUGCUAACAUAUAAAAAUUGACUUUAUAAUUCUUUGGGAAAGUAAAAUUAUAUUGGAAGUUCUAUAUUUAUAUUGAGAUUGAAUGGUGUUAUAUCUGUGAGGAAAAGAUUGGUGAAAUGGAUUACAUCUUUUCCAUCUAUGAAAUUUUUUUCUUCAUAUUAAUUAAGUUGUAGUUGUUUUAAAAUGUCAUAUUACUAUUUAUUAUUUAUUAUAUUUU